AUGGCUCCGGAACCAUCAGAUAACACACCAUCACAAUCUACCAAGACUACAACGAGAAUGGCACUGCAAAACAGCAUCUGGCCUCUUGACUUACCCGCUCCCAAGGGGAUCAAGACCUGGCUUGCCACUCUCUUUGCCACAGUGGGUGCAAAAGAACCUGACUCGGGGGCUAAACUUGCUAACUUGUAUACCUCGGAUGUCGUUGUCUAUGGUCUGCACGGAAAGUCCGAAGGAACUGAAGCUAUCAUCAAAAGCCGACAAACAGCAUGGGAUUACGUCGAGAGUCGUAAUCAUAAGGUACUCAGAGUCUACACUGCCAGCAGCAACUAUAGCGAUGUACUCCAGGUGGGAAAGCUUACUAUGGGCUUCAAAAAUUGCAACUCGGCUACGGCAGAGUUUAUUGCACGUAUUUUAUUUGAAGAGGCCAGUGAGAAUAACCCGAAAGCGUCUCUGUACCAGGUCUGGGGUUGCUCCUUGGGCCAAGGCAAUGACGACGAUGUGAUAUGA